AUGCGACCUAAGCUCGCACCUUGGUUGUGCUGUUUUGCUCCACGCAUCAGCGCAAUUAUUCAUUACUACAUAAUCUCUCUGGCUCUCUGGACUACAGGUUUAGGCUAUGCUGCAGAUCUCACUUCUCGGGCCCCUGAAAUCCAUAGUAACUUGACCAUCAAUGACGGUGACUCACAUUUCCCCUUCCCAUUGGGGUCUUACAAUGGUCUAGUGAUUGAAGACGAUGUGGACGACGCUGGAGAUCUACGAGGUCUAGAUAUUGUCAGCAGGGCCCCUACUGGGGUCUUAUCCCUAGGCAAUAAUCAAUACCAAAAGGGCGAAGUUAAAUUAGGUGAAACCCAGUGGUGGUACUUCUCAAAGAAUUCUGUAAAUGGCAAAAAUACCAAUAAGAUAUCCGAGGAACCAAAUAGCGACAAAUCGAAGCAUUUGGAAACGGUCUUCAUAUCUCUAACAGCAUGCUCGAAGCCUAGCUCCAAUAAAGCCGAUUCUAACAGUGCUCGGAACCUACCACAUCUAGAGGUCUACGUCUCUACAUCUGAAUCGGUUCAAAAGCCUGGUCCUGGGCAAGAGAGGUCGAAUCAAACUAAAUACAUGGUCGAAGAGGGAUAUAUGGGCACCACCGCGGAAGUAGAAGGGGAUGUUUAUAUCGGCGUUGUUGCACAUAACAGCACAGAACAUUCUGGGUCCUACAGCUAUGAGCUUGCGGCAUCAGUUGAUGCUUUUUUCCACAGCCUCGCGGACGAUCCGGCUUUCCUGUACUUUGUGGAUUCGGACAUGCACAGUGCUCUCUUCACCACGGGCAACCUAACGGAGGCAGAACAGGGCUCUCAGAGCUACAGCAACUGGAUGGGCAUGGCGCCGUCGUACACAAUGUUUGCGAAUAACAUUAACGAUACAGCCAUCUCAGGUUUACACCAUUCCUCUUGUGCGCUCGAUCGAUUCGCUCAAAUAGGCAAAGGUGAUCAUAACAUCAAAGCAAGCAUGACAAGCAGAGGACCCGGCAAUAAACCCAAGGAACAGUUAUAUGUCACCGGGCUCAACCAAAGUUCGACAUAUGAAGGGAUUCUAGCGCUGAAUGGCAAUUCUACUGGUUCUAGAAACGGCGUUAUUGGCGGCGGUGGGAAAGUAUGGAAACCUAUCACCUUCUCUACCAAAGCAGAUCGUAAUUGUGCGCUCCUCUACAACCUGUCAUUUUGCAAUGAAGUGGCAUAUGCGGUGCCUUCGAACCCGACUUUUACCUUAGACAGCCUCCGUUCAAUCUACGAUGAUAAUGCCGCUGCACUCUAUAAGAACUUUUCUUACUCUUUGGAGCAGAUCCAAUGUAAUGCUACAAAUGAGACUCGAUUUUCUUUGGCGGUGGGAUGCGAUGACUGUGCCAGAGCAUACAAGCAGUGGUUAUGCGCCGUAACCAUCCCUCGGUGCGAGGACUUUUCAAGCACUGGCACAUUUCUCCAGGCCAGAAACGCUGGACAGGAGUUCAUCAACGGAACGUCGCUCAGUGACGACCACACACUGCGGUUGGAUCCCUCGACGAAUCGGUCCCGAAAUUUGCUGAUCGACAAAGAGAUCCGACCAGGACCCUACAAGGAGAUUCUUCCCUGCGAGGACACCUGUUACAAUCUCGUCAAGAGCUGUCCCGCUGCUCUGGACUUUAGCUGCCCGCAGGGCAGAUGGCUCUCUUCUACGUACGGAAAACGCGGCCCCGACGACCUUGUCACCUGCAGUUGGGUAGGCGCGGCGUACUUCAUGGGCGGUGGAGUUAGGAUAAUUCCUUUGCGGUCGGUUUUAUUUGUAGUUCUAACUGUUUGGCUUUCGUAUUGGGCAUUUGACGGUUAG